AUGUGUGUGUGUGUGUGAGACAGUUGCUCCGUAAAGUGGGCGGGGCGCUGUGUGCAGUGGCUCCCCCGUGCGUCAGAAGGCCGCAUCGCGCUGCAGCUGAAGGAUGGCAGGAGACAGAGAGACAAAGACGGCUGACCGAGCCGAACAGGAGCGACACCGGCAGCCUUUCCUCAUUGGCGUCGCUGGAGGAACUGCAAGCGGCAAGUCAUCUGUGUGCAGUAAGAUCUUGGAGCUGCUGGGGCAGAAUGAGAUCGACCACCACCAGCGGCAGGUGGCCAUCCUCAGCCAGGACAGCUUCUACAGGGUUCUCACACCGGAACAGAAGGACAAGGCCCUCAAGGGGCAGUUCAACUUUGACCACCCAGAUGCAUUUGACAAUGACCUCGUGUUUGCUACGCUGUGGGAGAUCAAGAAGGGCAAAACGGUGCAGAUCCCAGUUUAUGACUUUGUUACACAUUCCAGCAGGAAGGAAGAGACUGUGACGGUGUACCCUGCUGAUGUGGUGCUGUUCGAGGGAAUCCUGAUGUUCUACUCUCAGGAGAUUCGAGACUUCUUCCAAAUGAAACUGUUUGUGGACACCGAUGCAGACACUCGGCUGUCGCGUAGAAUGCUCCGUGACAUAAAUGAACGUGGACGGGAUUUGGAAAGUGUUCUGGUCCAGUACAUCAAUUUUGUCAAGCCUGCGUUUGAGGAGUUCUGCCUUCCAACAAAGAAAUAUGCUGAUGUGAUCAUUCCCAGGGGAGCUGAUAACCUUGUUGCCAUAAAUCUCAUCGUUCAACACAUCCAGGAUAUCCUCAGCGGCGGUUUAACCAAAUGGCCCAGCGGGUGUUUUAAUGGUUGUGGAACAACCAAGAAGCAAAGUGUGGAGUCCAGCAGUCAGCCUCACUGAGCGUAAUGCUUCCCCAAGGAGAGGAGGCAUCAUCGAUAAGACAUCAUCAACUCCAGAUGAGAUUCUGUUGAAGAAAAUAAUCUGUUUGUGGAGCUGGAUUAAAGCAUUUUUUUUUUUAAGAA